AUGCCGCCGCAAUCUGGCCCCAGUAAUUUUUCGGAUGAAAUCUCCUGGCGAAAGGAACUGGGAAAGCUGGUCAAUUUUCCACGACUUAAAACCAUCGAAAUGCCGCAAUGCAAAUGCAAAGAAUUCGAUCAGUGUUCAGCACAAAUGCGCAUGUUGGCUGAGAAAUGCAAAUUAAACCAGACUUGCGUCGGUUAUUUGAAGAAAGUUGCUGAUGUCGAUAAAAUUCUACAGUGCCAUGAUAAGGAGCAACAGCGAGCGGAUGAGGUUACGAACUGCGUCAAACAGAAAAACGAACAAGUCGCGUGCGCAAAAGAAGGCGAGGUGCCAAAAAAUAUCUCACUCCAGAACACAUUCUAUCCUGUCGGAAUCGUACAAUAUUCGAUGUGCAUUGGCGAGUGCUUGAACUACGAGAUGGAUUUAUUGUAUCCCGCACAUCCUCAAGAAGGAAUAAGCUGCGAGCUCAAAUUAGGGUGCCUGUUGGAGCAACCAACGAGAGAGGCAGAAGCAGCACUGGUUAAAUGUCAAAGUGAUCUCCAUAAUGAUGCAACGACACGAUUCAUGGAUACCUGCAAAUGCCUUCAGGAAGCGGGUGUUGACGUCGAUUGCGCAAAAGCGAAUGUUUUGUUUUUUAAGUAG